AUGGAAGGCCCUGUUUCCAUUAACAGGGUAGAUGAUGAAUCCCCAGAAGAGCUGAACUCCCCAGAGGCUUUUGACUGCCCAAUCUGUCAAGAGGUCUUCAAAACACCUAUUAGAACACAAACCUGCAAACAUGUGUUUUGUAAAAACUGUUUUGUGGCUGCAGUAAGGACUCAAGGGCCACACUGCCCAAUGUGUCGAGGACCAGUGACAGAAAAUGAGAGAAGAGCCACUGAUAUACAUCGUCAGAUGAAGGAAAAACAAGGGAAAUGCAGGGCAUGCAGCACUGUGAUUUUCUUCAGUAAAAUGAGAUCUCACUAUAAAUACUGCAGACUGUACAAAGAAGAAUAUGGUGCCCCUCCUGCAACUCCUGUGGAGUCCAGAGCACAGGGGAUAUAUGUAGGGAUAACACAGGCCACAGCCGCAGAUGGGCUUCUAAGUGGAAACAGUGCCCAACCACAGGCCAUAGAAAAUGGAAGCUUGGAGACCACAUUUAUAUGUCCCUACUGCCAUCAGAGUGGAUUUACUGAUAUGGCAUUAGUGCAGCAUUGCAACUCCAACCACUUCGGAGACCUUACACGUGUGGUCUGUCCUAUCUGCGUUGCAAUGCCCUAUGGAAAUCCAAAUUACUUCAGCAGAAAUUUCAUUAGCCAUUUACACCAAAGGCACAGAAUCAGCUAUGGUCAUUAUAUGAACAUUCAUCAAGAUGAAGAUGAGCAGCUGCAGGCUGCUAUUCACGUGUCAAUUGAAGAAUGGAAUGCAAGCUCUCUCUGGAUAACAUGCUGAAGUGCAACACUGGAAACUUUAGCCUCCACAUGUUAAAUACACCUGUAACCGCUGGAUUGAAGUCAGUAAUACAUACAAUCAUUAGUAAUGUGAUACAGUUAAACCCGGGGUGUCAAACUCCAUUCCUGGAGGGCCGCAGUGUCUUCUGGCUUUCGUUCCACCUGAGCUCUCAGUUACUUAAUUGGUCUAAUGAUUGGAUUAACUGAACGCAUUUAACACUUCUCUCCAGGUCUCAAAGUGUUUCAUAGGUUGUGUACCUUGAAUCAAGUGCAUUUUUAAAUCAUCAACUGUAAAAGACCUUGAAAAAUAUGAAAUAUGUCCAAUUUAACAUAUAAUUAGAUCAAUUAUGUUAAUUGGGAGCUUAAGUUGGAAUGAAAACCAGAAGACCCUGCGGCCUUCGAGGAUUGGAGUUUGACACCCCUGAAUUAAACAAAUGUAUAUUUUUUUACAUUCCUGUUUAGUGUUUCUCUCUCAUGGGUUGUUUUGUUAAAGUAUAUAUGCACUGACAAGCUAACAAAUUAGAGUAAAAGUCAAAAUCUGAAAAUCACCUACUCUUCAACUUACUCAGAUUAUGGUUACUUGAUGUGUCAUGAGAUCGUUAGACCAAUAUACUGGAGAUUUCUGAUUUUAGGGUUAAACCCAAUAUCCAAUUGAUUUUUUCAAAUUAGUCUUUAACAAGAUAUCCCCUGAAAACGAUGAAAAAAAAAGGUUUUUACCUUGACAGGUCCAUUCAUUAAUGGUGUGUAGCUAUUACAGAGCAGGGUUUCCCAAUCCUGGUCCUGAGGACCCACUGUGUCAUAUGGUUUUCAUUCCAACUGAGUUCUUACUUAAUUAAACCUUUAAUUGAACUGAUAAUGUGCUUGAUUAGACUAUUUCAAUUGU